AUGGAUGAGGCGGCGUCCUGGGCGGACGUGGGCGCGGUGGCGCGCGAGGUGGACGCGUGCGACGUGCUCAUGGGCGCGCACGGCGCCGGGCUGACCAACAUGGUGUUCCUGCGCGCGGGCGCUGUGGCGGUACAGGUCAUCCCGUGGGGGAAGAUGGAGCCCUACUGGGAAGGGUUCCUCGGCGCCCCAGCGACGCACAUGGGGCUCCGCCACGUCGCGUACAGCAUCGCCGCCGGGGAGAGCACGCUGUACGAUAGGUAUGGCAGGGACCACCCAGUGAUCGCCGAGCCCGACGUGUUCUACAGGAACGGCAGCAACGCGAAGUUCUACUGGCGGGAGCAGAACAUCCGGCUCAACACCACCAGGUUCGCGCAUAUGAAAGGACGAGACAAAUGUGAGAAAGGACUGAAAGAUUCAAGAGGAAUCAGCUGGAUUCAAUAUCUUGUACACAUCACAAUCCAUCACUUGCAUGGAGCACAUGCAAGUUGGCCUUCUAGUCUUCAUCUGCUCUUCUACUGUCAUUGCUUGAUUGGCUUCUCAAAGCCAGAGGAGAAGUGGAACUCAGAAGUAGAAGAUGACCUGGAUGGCUUAAAAGAGCUAGGACAGAGUAAAUGGUCAACAUAUUUUGAGGAUGACAGUGAAAAGUCUAAAAAUACAGAGGAAAACACACAUGCUCUUUCUGGCCUGGCCCAGACAUAUAGCACUGGACGCAAAAGAGUCAGUUGGGGUGAUCGGUUUGAAAAGGGUGGGUUUUCCAUUUUUGCAACUAAAAGAAAACUUACUUCGUCACUAGUCAUAGGGCCUGGAUCUGGGUACAAUUUGGCUGUAGCAUAUUACUACCAUGGUCUCGUACUCGACAAGGGCGGUGAACCGGCCAACCAUAUCAGCGCAGUCUGCUGCCUCUCUGCAGCUGAUGACCUACUUUCAGACAGCAAAAGGGCUUGCUUGAGUUUCUGCUUGGCAAAUCCUGUCACAAGGGUACCUCCUCCUUGUGGUGUCAUGAAAAACAUGCACACAAAAAUUCCAGAUGUCGCUUACAAGAAGUUUCAAGUGUAUGGGCAUCUGUUUGAGCAAAACAAGAAUAGCACACUUCAAUCGGUUCCUGAUCUACCAGAGUUUGCGCUGUCACUGAGAUCGGAAGCAUACGAGUUGCCAAGCACUGAUUCAAUCUGGGAGAAUGUUAAUGGCCAACCUCAGAUUCAGAGCCUCAAGGCGCAUCUGAAGGAUGGCGAAGAUGAAGUAGAUUCAAAAUGA